UUUUCUCUCCUUGUUUUGUACACGAAUUGACGCAUGACGCGUGUCUUGUAUCUUUUGUCCUAUUUCUAUUUGUCAUAUAUAUAGAGACGCCAUUUUAUGUAACCUACUUGUAUUGUUAGAAAAUAUAUUGUUAUAUCUUGUAUAUUAAGAAGUUAGUUAGUGUGGUAUUUUCAAUUAUUAGUGUUCAAUAAUCUACCGUACUGGCAGCUCAGGAAACUAAAAUGCCGGGCGCCGGUACUUUCAAAAUCUUCGUCGGCGGUCUUUCCGAUAAAACGACCGACGCUGAUCUUAGACCGUUGUUCGAAAAAUACGGUACCGUCGUAGAAUGCGAUAUCGUCAGAAAUUACGGUUUCGUGCACAUGGAAAAUGAGCAAGUCGGCCGCGAAGCUAUUCAGAACUUAAACGGAGAGGUAGUUCAUGGUCAACCGAUAAAAAUAGAGGCGGCUAAGAGCCGCAAGGCGCCGUCGACGCCGACCACAAAAAUAUUCGUCGGUAACCUUACGGACAAGACGCGCGCGCCGGAGGUCCGCGAGCUGUUUCAGAAGUUCGGCACGGUCGUCGAGUGCGAUAUCGUUCGUAACUAUGGAUUCGUGCACUUGGACGCGACGGGCGACGUGAACGAAGCUAUCAAAGAGCUGAACGGUAUGAUGGUGGACGGUCAGCCCAUGAAGGUGCAGCUGUCGACGAGCCGCGUCCGGCAGCGGCCGGGAAUGGGCGACCCCGAGCAGUGCUACCGCUGCGGCCGCGGUGGCCACUGGUCCAAGGAGUGCCCGAAGGCCGUGGGCCCUGACCGCAACGGUUUCCGUGAUCGAGCUUUCGGCCGCGACCCUUACCCCCCGCCGCCGCCGCCGCCGUUCCUCCGCGAUCGCAUGAUGGGAGGAUUUGGGGACCCAUACGAUGGAUACUAUGAACGGCCCCGCUUCGACUCUCCGAGAGACAUGUUCGAGAGAAGAUACCCAGUGGGCGCUUCCCGGGGACUAGACAUGGGUACUUCGCGAGGCGCGCGCGGGGACUUCGUGUCGCCUCCUCUGCGCCGCGAGCCGAUGCCGCCGAUGCCCAGUCUACCCCCGAUGCGGAACAGCAUGGGAGCCAUGAGGUCCUCGUAUGAUGCUAUGUUCAGCCGCAGAAGUCCCCCGCGAGGACCUCAAAUGUCCCGCGGUAUGUAUGAAGACUUCAGCCGUGAUACCUUUGAUGAUAGAAGACCCGGAUUGCGCGGACCGUCGCCAUCAAGAAGAUACGCGCCUUAUUAAUUAAAUUACGCUAGUUGUUUAAAGCUCAUCUGGAUAGUAUGGUCAAAUCAUACGUUUGGUUAUUUUAUAUUGUACCUAAUAUGUAGUUGACUGUCCACAAAAUUACAAUUUUAUAAGACUACUAAAGCGAUCGAGUUAGAAUGACUGAAAUGUUAUAAUUUCUAUAGUGCGAAUGUGUGAAAGGUUUUGUGAUGAAUGUAAAUAAGCGAAUAAAUCUCAUUUUAAGUACAUUA